AUGUCCGAUAGUUGCAAUAAAGGUCCAAUUGUUAUUGAUGGUGAAGCUAUUGAGUCGGAUGAUGAAAUCGUAUCAUUUUCCAACGCCUACCUACCUAUUCAGACAGCUACGGAGCUAACGGAGGCUUUUAUGGCCUCAAAUGUGUCCUCACCUUCAAAGUCAGACCCACAAUUCUCGUCAAUUCUCCACAGGAAACUAUAUGAGAGAAAUGAAUUACUCUGGCGUCAUAUGUAUAGUUUUGUGCAAACAACGCUCGUUUCGGCGUCAAAACAAAUCAUAGCUGCUGAUCAGCAGUUGCUCAAGAGUCAAAUAAUACUACAAUCUGUUGCAACGGCUGUGAAAAAAUUAAACACCUCCAGCAAUCAAGUUGCGGAACGUCUUCGCAAUAUAACAACAUCGAAUUUUCUGCCUCAAAUCAACAUCUCCUAGCAGUCACGAAUCUAUGAAUUUUUUCUAGACCAUUUAUAUACUCUUUCGAAUUUGUUAAUAAAUUGUUUUUCUUAA